CACACGCCUGGCUGCGUUGUUUAGCGUGGGAUGGCAGGCAUAACCUAGCCUACUGUAGACUAGACAACACACUUUUUGAAACAACCCACGGUUAAAAUUAACGUUAAAAGAAGACGUCUCUGAUUUACUAACCAUGGAGGACGCGCUACGGAUCAUUAAAGUGGAGGAGGACUGUGACAAUUGUCUGGUCAGUGAUGGCGGGGGAAUUGUGUUUUCUUCAGGUGCUUUGGAUUGCAAGGUUGAGACCGACUCAACCGGUUGGUCAUCAUCAUUUACCUCCUCUAAUGGGACACUGUCAACAACAGAAUCAAAGGUCUUCAAAGAAGAGAACUGUGAAUCGUUACUUUUACCAAUGUCCAUCAAAUGCGACAUUGAAGACACAACAGUGAAGACCGAAGACUACCUGGAAGAAAGUGGUGGUGGUUCUCUGAAAAUAGAUGGGGCUGAUCAUCCUUGCACAGAGCAGAUCUCAUCUGCGGGCAUCAAAGCUGAACAGCAGCAGGAUCAAGAUGGAUCCGCCAUGGCUCCUGUUCUGAGCUCUGAGAUGAAUCCUCCUCAUCCAGAUCUAGUGUCACGAUACCAGCUGAAGAAGUUAUCAGUGCGACUGGUAGACUGCUGUACAAGACGGGGUCAAGAAGGAACGAAUGGCAAGAAAAGCAAAGAUGGGGAGAAACCUGAAACUGUUUUGUCUGGUGGGCCAGAAACGGAAUCAAUUUCAUCUGCAAUUCCCAAAUCCACGGCUGGCCCAGAAAUAAUGACGCAUCCACUAACAAAGGAACACUGCUGUUCUCUUUCUGUUUUGUCUGGUGGGCCAGAAACGGAAUCAAUUUCAUCUGCAAUUCCCAAAUCCACGGCUGUCCCAGAAAUAAUGACGCAUCCACUAACAAAGGAACACUGCUGUUCUCUUUCUGGUGAGCACUUCCAUGCCAGGACAAGUCUGACAGCACACCAGCUCAUCCACAGAGCAGAGAAGUCCUACGUCUGCCAACACUGUGGCAAAAGCUUUUCACGGGCAGGAGGGCUCAAAGUUCACAACCGCAUUCACACUGGAGAGAGGCCCUAUGUCUGCCAACAAUGUGGCAAAAGUUUUUCAGACGCAACAAAACUCAAAGUGCACAACCACAUUCACACUGGAGAGAGGCCCUAUGCCUGCCAAAACUGUGGUAAACGUUUUACACGGGCGGGAGAUCUAAAAAAGCACCAACACAUUCACAUAGGACAGAGGCCCUACGUCUGCCAACACUGUGGCAAAAGUUUUUCAGACGCAACAAAACUCAAAGUUCACAACCGCAUUCACACUGGAGAGAGGCCCUAUGCCUGUCAAAACUGUGGUAAACGUUUUACGCUGGCGGGAAAUCUAAAAAAACACCAACACAUUCACACAGGACAGAGGCCCUAUGCCUGCCAGAAUUGUGGUAAAAGUUUUUCACAGGCAGCACAGCUCAAAUACCACCAACGCAUUCACACUGGAGAGAGGCCCUAUGCCUGCCCCCAGUGUGGCAAAAGUUUUUCCCUGGCAGGGAAGCUCAAACGACACCAAAGCACUCACACAGAAGACAAGCCCUACGUCUGCCAACAUUGUGGCAAAAGCUUUUCACUGGCAGGAGAUCUCGAACAACACCAACACAUUCACAUGGGACUGAGGCCCUAUGUCUGCCAGCAUUGUGGCAAAAGUUUUUCACAGGCAGCAAAUCUCAAAGUACACCAACGCAUUCACACAGGAGAGAAGUCCCAUGUUUGCCAGCGUUGUGGUAAGCGUUUUUCACUGAGAGGGAAUCUCAAAAAACACCAACGCAUUCACACAGGAGAGAGGCCCUAUGCCUGCCAGAACUGUGGUAAAAGUUUUUCACAGGCAGGACAUCUCAAAUUACACCAACACACUCACACAGGAGAGAGGCCCUAUGUCUGCCCCCAGUGUGGCAAAAGUUUUUCACAGGCGGGACAUCUCAAACAACACCAAAGCACUCACACAGAAGACAAGCCUAAAGUGUACACCAGAAGCGAACUGACCAGUCAUUAUGUCUCUUAGGCCCAACCCGGAACAGGCCCAACCCGGAACAAAUAAGUAACAAGCUGGAUUUCUCAGAAUAUGUUCAGAAUACCUUUAGGAACAACAUACUAAAAGUCCCUGGGAAUCCACCUUAGGCUUUCCAAGAAAUUCAAGAUAGCGUCCAAAUUAUAUGAUAUUAUAGUGUUAAUGCAAUUACUUCUGAACGGGUGAAUGGAUUGUCACAAAAUUUGGUGUGCAAACACUUUGUAAUUACUAAGUGAUGUGAUUUAAUUUUGGAGGCCAGAGCGACCGAAGUCAUUAUUUCUCUAUGGAGGGAAGGCGAAUAAAGCUACCAGAGCGAAUUCGCCAGGAGCGAAGCUUCUUGAGCGACCAGAGUGAAUUUUGACGAUUAAACUCAAGCUAAUCUUAAGCGAAUUCGCCAGACAUCAUAUUGGAAGACUAGAUACGUCAUCGCUUAUUUCAAGCACGUCCGCAGGUCGGCCAUAUUAGCACAGCCUAAACUCUCCACAGAGCCUCCGUUACACCUGAAGUUAACUGAAGAAUUGAAACGUUGAGAUGCUGAAAUAUGUAUGCUGUUAUUUCGCUGAGAUAUUGACAUGUGUAUAUAAAUAGUAGGGCUCCUUAAAACUUAAGUGCAGAUUGAGUAAAACGCACAGGAGAGUAAUAUGCUUCCCACUUAUUUAUUUGUCCUAAAAUAGAGAUGGACGAAGAGCAAAUACAAAUUUUAACCGUUGUUGUGCAUUACGUUGAUGGAAGGGAUAUAUUAAUCGCAUUUGCACCAAAUUAAAGGCGACAGAUGAGGUACUGGAAGAGAGAUUACAUCGCAACAAUUUAAUUCUAAGCAUCAUGACUCAUUUUGAACACAGGGUGGAGCUGUCAAACCCAAAGCAGAAUGUAGCACACAUGGGACCGUUUAAUUGUUAUUUUACUGAACAUAUAAAAGAAUACUUUGUGCUUUUGUUUAUGGGAUCUAUUUAAUUACUUGAAUAAGCCUACUAAACCAUAUUAUACAUGAUUCAGGCAUGAAAAUCCCUCACCUUUCGGCGAAAUUCGCUGUUUUGAAAUCCAAAUGGGUCAUUUCUGUGAAUCGUGUGGAUCCGAGGAGAAAAUUUUAGGGGGGGUCGAGCGAGGAGAAAAGUGUAGCGCCAACUACUGUAUCAUUGUGUAGCGCUCUACCGCAGAAAACUUCAUACAGUUUCAGGAGAGAUUCCACAACUGACGAUGACGUUUGACCAAUCACAGCAUUUGUUGCUGUCGGCACAGCCAAUAACGUGAACGAGCUCAAUCUAAGUCCCGCCCUUCAUACUUCUCUUUGAAAGCGCAAUAUAAAACAGGUGCCACUUUGGUGGUUGCCGUGGUUGUAGCAAAUAUCUUUCUUAGUUCUAGAACAUCUCUGAUUAUAAGAAAAUAUAGCCUCCAAACGAUCUGCCACAGAUAGUCUACACGUUUCCCAGAGAGGUAGCUAUUUGAGAUCAUGAUUCUUGUUAUGAGAACAUCAGGACGCAAGCAUUUCGAUGGGAAGUGAGUGGAUGUUGUUAGCCACAGAGGUUAAGCUGUUUUUCCUAAUCAUUUGAAACCGCAUUUGCCCUGCCCACGUGAAAAAGUAUUUAUUCUCAAAAGAGCUCCGUUAAUGAAAGCUUGGGUAGGCCUACGGCACGUUUUCCUGACGGCUAUUUUAACGGGUCUGUGCGCUACGAAAUGGCGAAAAUAUCCAGUAGGUGCUGCGGGGAAGAAGCGCAUAUAGGCUACGCGGGGCAUCUAACAUCAUGCUUCGAAUCAUAUGCUGCGGCACGCACGGCGGCGUGCACGAGAGAGAGGGAGAGGGAGAAAGAGCAAAGCCUAACUUAGUCAAUCGUUUGACACGGGACAAAUUGUUAUAGGAAUCAUGCCAAGUUUGUUUGUAAUCCCUUGGUAGCCUACAUCUAAUUGACAUAUUAAAAAUCUACCGAUUUAUAUUUAGUGGAACACGGUCAAACUGUUUUUUUCACGGUCAAAGUUGGAGCUUUCCUAUUAUUUUUUUCAUAGGGAAACAGAUAACUUUGUGAAUGGACCAAAAUUUGAGUAGUUUGGAUACAAUUUCAGUAGUUUAUCCAAACUGUGACAAAGAUUUUUUUGUAUUACAAGUUGUCUGAAAUAUGAUGAUUAACUGUUCAAACGAGAUCACAACCAGGCAAGCGUUGA